AUGUCGUUCGUUUUGAAGGAGUUGAAUGACUUCCGGCGAGGCAUCACCUUUUUGCCGGGCGACUUUGGCGCCCUGUCUCAGCUGUUCUUCGACAACCUGUCCACGCUGUUGGGCAUCCUGGGCUCCAUAUUCGCCAUGACGGGCCCGGGCUUUGGCGCCAGCCCGGACCUCGUGAAUGAGGUUGCGUACGGGAAGAUCGUGCCCGGCCUGGGGCUCACCAUCCUGUUCGGUAACAUCUACUACUCGUGGAUGUGCACGCGGAUGACGCGAGACACGGGGAGGCCGUACACGGCGCAGCCGUACGGGAUCAACACGCCUGCGGCGUUCGCCUUCAUAUUCAACAUCAUGUACCCUGCGUUCUUCGCCGGGGAGGGCACGCCGGACGAGCGGUUCAUCAAGGCCUACAGGAUCGCCCUGGCGGCCAACUUCCUGACGGGCCUGGUGUCCAUCGUCCUGUCGUUUCCGGCGCCGAUGCUGUUGAGGUUCAUGCCGCCGGCCGCGCUGCUGGUGCCCAUCGCGGGCAUCGGCUUCUCGUUCCUGGGAAUCCAGCAGAUGUCAGAGGGCCUGGCGGCGCCCAUCGUGGGCUACAUGGCCACCGCGUGGGUGUUCCUGGGGUGGUACGCUGGCGUGCGUAUCGGCUGGGGCAAGUUCAAAGUGCCCGAAGCCCUCCAGGUGAUAGUGAUUGGCGUCAUUUUGGGGUGGGCAACGGACUUGAGCAAGUCCGAGGAUGUUGACGAUGGGGCAGACCUGGUGAAGUGGUAUGGGCCUGACUGGUCUUGGACAGACUUGUUCGCAGAUUUCAGUGAUAUGAAGGACUUCAUCGGGACUAUUAUACCCUUGGCCAUUGUUGCGGUCGCCAGUUCCAUGAUGUGCCUCGUCAGUGCCAAGAACGCUGGCGACCCCUACCCCGUGAGAGAGGCCAUGAUCGUCGAUGGACUGGGAACCAUGCUGGUUUCUCUCUUUGGGUCGCCGUUUGGCACCGUGCUCUAUAUCGGGCAUCCUGCUUACAAGAGGUCUGGUGCCAGGAGCGGAUACAGCCUCAUGAAUGGUGUGCUGUACAUCGCCUUUUCCUGGUUUGGCAUCUUCGCUCUGAUCAGGUCCAUCGUGAACCAGGCAACCAUUGGUCAGAUUAUCCUGUUUGUGGGCCUGCUCAUAAACGAAGAGGCCCUGGUGUUCAUGCCCAAGCGCCACUAUGCAGCCUUCAUAGUGGGCCUCUUCCCAUCCGUGUGCGAUUGGGUGGUGACCAUCGCGGGUCGGGCCCCCCUCAGCGGCUUCACAUCCAGCGGUCAGGAAUUCAACACCAACCUCCCUGGAGUGGUCUCCCCCUGGUAUGGGAUACUGGGUUGGCAACGCGGCGCCCUGCUGGUGUCCAUGUUGUGGGUGUCUAUGCUUGUGCACAUCAUCGACCGCCGCUGGCUCCAGGCCGCAGUUUGGGCGUUCCUGGCCGCCCUGUUUGCGAUGUGCGGGGUAAUCCAUGCGCCAGAGGCCGGUUUUGAAGACUUUGAAGACGCCACUUGGCCGUCUUGCAGAGAUGUGGGCGACUCCGUCGAGUGCUGGGACCACGGGAAGCAGUGGCAGUACUUUGUGGCUUACUUGAUGAUGUGCGCAACAUUUGGCAUCCUGGAGGUCGUGGGGAGGGUUUUUGAGGACGUUCUUCCUCCACCCAUCCAGGACGAGACAGUGGACAUGUUCAAGGACUGGUAUCACGUGCCGGAGGAUAAACUGGUGGAAAAGGAUGACACUAGCAAAGGACUGCGUUCCAAGGGGGAAAAGUUGCAAGACGAUCCCAGCACAGACGCCAACAGCUCUGUUUGA